GGUGGAGGAGGUGGAGGGGAUGGAGCGGAGGGAGGGACGGCGGCUGCCGGCGCGGUGUUCAUCGUGGUGAACGCGGCGCUCGGCGCGGGCCUCCUCAACUUCCCGGCAGCGUUCGGUGAGGCCGGCGGAGUCGUGGCCGGAUUCUCCCUGCAGAUGGUGCUGCUGGUGUUCAUCGUGAGCGGCCUGCUGGUGCUGGCGCUGUGUGCGUCCCGCUCGGGCGCCGCCUCCUACCAGGAGGUGGUGCGCGCGCAGUGCGGCCCGCUCGCCGGCGCCGCCUGCGAGGGCUGCAUCGCGCUCUACACGUUCGGCACCUGCGUCGCCUUCCUCGUCAUCGUGGGCGACCAGCUCGACAUGCUGGUGCAGGCCGUGUCUCACCGGGCUCCCGAUGCGCCCGUGCCCUGGUUCUGCGACCGUCGCUUCACGACCUCCGUGGUCUCCGUGCUUCUCAUCCUGCCGCUCUGCUUCCCCCGCGAGAUCGGGUUCCAGAAAUACGCCAGGUGA